AUGAAUAUAGAUUCAAAUGCUCAAAUUAGAUAUGGUAAUGACUUAUCUGAAUAUAUUCCCCGAUUAUAUCGUUUGUUAGACUUAUGCAAAGAUGAUUGUUUAAAUCACCUUGCGGAUAAAAUAAUUAUUUCUAAGGAUUCUUUAAAGAAACUAUGUAACGAUAUUGUCCCAUUAAGUUUCAAAUCUAUUUCUGAAAUUGAUUAUAUGAAAUUGAACUCAACUUCAUUUCGUCUCAUUGGUUGUUAUGGAAAUCAUAUUUUAAUCGCAAAACUUUUAUUGAAUGGAGCUAUAAUUAAUCAACAAUUAUAUGAUUUGCUUAUUGCUUCCGUAUCAAUUGACAAUACAAAUACUCCUUCAUUACGUCCAGGAAUUUACUUAUUGAUAGUGAAUACUGAUUUAGCUUUAGUCAUUCAUUGGCCCGAGAUUGGAUAUUAUGAAGAAAAUUCUUCUUCCAAACUUAAAAAGAAUAUGAUUAAUUUACAUAGAUAUUUGACAAAGCUUACCGAUCAUCAACUUUGUUUUAUGAGCGAUAAAGACCUGGAAAAUUUUGAUUGGAAUCAUCCCAACUCGGACGAUGAUGAUGACAUAUGUUAUGAAUUUGAGGUUAAAAAAAACCAAGAACGAGAAGACUUCAAAAUCUAUCCAGGCUUCGAGGUGAAUUUAUCUGAUAAAAUCAAAACCGAGAUAAAUAAUAAUAUUCAAGAUGAUAUACCUUUAUAUCCAAUUGUUGUGGGAUCGGCCACAAACCAAUCGUUUGUUACUCGACAAUUGAUAAAGGUAGCUUCUGAAUUACGUUCGGCUGCGCCAAUCUUUACUGCGUUUGAAUUUCAACGAGAAUUACAGACAAGAUUAAAAGGACGAAAGUUACUUAUUAAUCGUGAAACAAUGAACAUGAAAUCAUUAGAGAUUUUAAUUAAACAUGGAUUAAAAAUGGAAGAUGAGCUUCUAAGCCCAUCACGUAAUGCGAUUACAGCUGCGAAGAUUAAAUAUGAUAAAAGGAGGGACCAAGAAAAAGACGAAACAAAUAAAGAUAUUGGGAUAAUUUCAAAUUUGGCAUGGAAAAAAUUACGCGAUAGUUAUAGAUCUUUUGAAGAUUUUAUGGGUCCAGAAUCUUCCGAACAUGAAAAUAUUAUAAGUGAUGAAGAUUUAGAAAGAAUUCGUAGAAAAUAUCCUGACAUGGAAGCUCAAAUUAAUAAAAAGAUUUUAAUUAAUUCCAGAGCUUGGAGUAAACUAAAGAAACGAUAUGCACUAACUUCGAUAAUUGUUAUUGAUAUACUUAAAAUGACUCAAAAAGCUGGGAAAAGCAAUGAAGAGGCUAUAAUAAAGAUUUUUUAUAAUUUGUUCGUAGAUGAAGAAACUGAUGCAUAUAAAUUAGUAAAAAAACAUACUGAGAAACCACAAUCAUCUGGUGUUUUUCCAGGGAUCUCUAAUUUAAUUUCUUUUUCUAGUGUAAGAAUUAAUCAUGCAGAUGAGGAAUCGACUAAAAUAUCCAGAACCUUGUCGGAUAUAAAAUUUGUACAAGAUCUUGUUAAUUCACCGUUUUUUGGAAAGUUUAAUGAUCUCAAACAAAAAAUCCUGGAUGUUUUCUUUGAAGAAUACCAAAAUUGGAGAAAGAAUACUUAUCCUAGUAACAUUAAGGAAAUUUUGCCAAGAGUUUCUUUUAAUAGACAAUUAGCAGAAAGAUUAACCAAAGAAUUUGAACAAGAGAAACAAGAAAUUGAGGAUUUCGAAUUUAACAGAAUUUGUAAUGUCAUAGAAGAGAAAUAUCAAGAUGGAUCUAUGCGACUAAAUGUACGAAAUAUAUCAGCUUCUGAAAGUAUGUUUUCAAAUGGAUAUCGCUUCCAUCAUGAAAUUGAAACAACUCAGCCAGAUCAACUACAGAUAACAAUUUAUGAAACAUCGUUGGAACAGGCAGAUACUCUUCAACUUCAAGAAGAUGAAUUACAUGUUCCAAAUCCAACUUUACCUUCUCAUUAUAGUUGUGGGCAAUAUGGUACAUCAUUUCAUCUUGAUCCUCAAGUCUAUGACUUUAGGAAAAUAUCCCAAUUUGAUAAUCAUAAAUUCCUUCUUGUUUUAUGGAACAAAAAAGCAUCAAAAGCUGAAAUAUUUUUUGAUACUGCUCAGAAACUAGCACAAAAUUUCAAACAAUCUUAUUCAAAUAGGUCAUAUAGGAUAUUAAAUACGGAUGAAAAUUAUUUUAUUGCAGUAAAUGAACCCAAAGAAUUAAUUGCUAUAUUUGACACAAGGAGGGCGGUGUUAAACAUUUUAUCUUUCAGUUAUGGUCAAGCAAAUUUAUACCCGCGCAAUUCAAACAUCCAGUUAUUACAAUGGUAUAGUGGUACGGUUCCGGAUAUUCAAUAUUUCUUGUUUAUUAAGGACACCGAGGAUCUGUGUUUCGUUGAAAAAAGUGGUCGUGCACGUAUAUUCAACCUUAUAAAUCAGCAAUUUCGACCGGCAGUUUGUAAUCUUCCACCAAGUACAGCAAAUGUUUUAAGUUCUCCAGAUGGUUCUUGUAUUGUAGCGUUUGUGAAAGAAAAAAUAAAAGUUGAAAACUCUACUAAUGACGAGAAUGAAAACGAUGAGGAAGACAAUUUAACCGAUGAUGAACAGAAUUCUACUAAUAGAGAAAGCGAUCUUAAGGAGAUAUGCCGUGCAUAUGUUUAUUUUUGUACAAAUUUUGGAAGUUCAGUUAGUAAAGUUAUCGAUUUACCGCCAACUAUUCAAUCCUUAGAAUACUUACAAUUCACUUGUAUAAAUAAACUACAAAACCACUUGAUGUCAUUGGAUUUGGAAAAUGGAUGUUUUAAUUCGAUAAUAGUAAAAAUUACUGUAGAGAGAAAUCAAUAUCGUUUCCAAGAACAAUCAAAAGAUAUCAAACCUGUAAUAAAGCCAAAUAUUCUUAUUGAUGCUUAUGGAUUAAUGUUUGAGAAAUAUCCAAUCGAAAAUUGUAUCGAUUCCGAACAAAACUCCUCUCUUAGUUUAAAAAUAGUUAUUGAUAUUGAUGAAAAUAAUGAAAUUGAAAAAUAUGGCAAGAAAUUUGAAGAAUAUAUUACCAAAAUAUUUGAGAAUUUAAAGCAUUCUACAAAGAAACCCGCAGAAAUACUAAAGAAAUUUUCUACAUCAGUUAUUGCUUUUCAAGAACUUGAUAUUGAAAACACGAAAUAUCAGAAGGAAUUUUCAUCACAAUAUAAUUUAGGAGAAUGGAUUAUUCAACUUUGUUGCCUAAUUCCUAUACAAAUAGCAAAAAUGAGAAACAAUUUAUUUCAACCACUUAAAGAUGGAUUGUUAUUAGAUGAAUCUGAUCAGGUUGAACUUGAUAAUAAUAGUUAUAGUUUUUAUUUGGAUGGUAUAGUUAAAAACAUUUCUUUCGGAUGGUAUGAAGGAGUUUUCAAGUAUUUUGGUAAUAAAAAAAUAAAAAUUGUUUCAAGCAUGGGUGAACAAUCAUGUGGAAAAUCAUUUAUGUUAAAUCAUCUUAUUGGAACUACAUUUGAUGCAUCAGCAAUGAAUUGCACUGAAGGUGUAUGGAUGUCAUUAGUAAAUACAAAGGAAUAUAUAUAUGUUGCAUUUUACUUUGAAAGUUUAAAAUCUUACAAAAGAACUCCGCAAGAAGAGUUGUUUUUGAUACUUUUUAAUACACUUGUAUCAAACCUUAUUCUCUUUAAAGUUGAGAACCAAUCUUAUGUAAAAAUAGAUUCAUUGUCAAUGAUGCAAAGGUUUCAAGAUGGAGUUGUUUUAUUUGAAUCAGAUUCAAAAAUAUCUCAGGCAAAUCUUUGUAUUAUUAUAAAAGAUGUUCCAAAAACUAAAAGAGAAUAUACGAUCAAAGAGUUAAAAUCAAAAAUUUCCCAAUUGGUUUCAGAGGAAGGCGAAGAUAAUUUUAUUUCAAAAAUGUAUAAAGGAAAAGUAGAUUGUAUUCCUUGGCCAAUUUUUAAUAAUGAUGCAUGGUUUAAAGCCUUAUCAAUUGUUAAUAAAAAGUUAGAAAAGCAAGAAGUAAAAUAUGAAAAUGCUAUAACAUUUUUACAGAAUAUAAAAGUAAUUAUGGCUAAAUUAAAGAUAUGUGACUGGGGUUCAUUAGAUGAAAGCCUCAUACAGAUUCGUAUUGCCAGAUUAGGAAGAUUACUCCCAAUUGCUAUUUCUUAUGGUUUAGAACAAAAAGAUUCUGUUAGUAAACAACUUUUGGAUCAUGAUACUGGAAAACCAAUUGAAGAUCCAACAGUUAACUUAACUGAUAUUUUAGACGAUGUUGAAUCUAUUGAAUUAUUACCAGAUGCCAAUAUUCAUUUAUAUGAUGAAAAUGAAUCUUUUGCCCAACUUUCUGAAGAUUUAAGAGACCAUUUUGAAGAGACAGUGCAAUCACGAGAAGUAAUGUCCGAUGAAAACAAGUGGUUUGAAAAUUAUGCUAAAUUCUUGAAUUAUAUUGUUGAGCGUCGUAUAUCACGUGUUCGAAAAUGGUAUGCACAAAAUACUGUUAAAUUGCCACUAGAUAAUAGUAAUGUCAUCAAUAGAAAAAACGAUAUGGAACAAAAACUUGAUAAAUUAACUCUAUUAUGGACCUUAUGUGGAUUAAUAUGCCAUCAAUGUCACUUAAAAUGUAUAAAAAAUUUCAACCAUGAAGAUGAUCAUGAUUGUUUAACAAAUCAUAAAUGUAAUUUUUCAUGCCAUUUUAUCGAAGCUCACAACAAAAAAUUAAUUCAGAAAUGUAAUUAUAAAUCUGGGCAUGAAGGCAAACACAUGUGUAAAAGAAUAAAGCAUUUAUGUAAUGAACCAUGUAAUCUUAUUGAUAAGCGCAAUUGUCAGAAAGUUUGUUCAAAAGAAAUAGGACAUCCUGAUGGUGAACAUUUAUGUCAAUCAACACGUCAUUAUUGUGAAGAAAAUUGUUCAUUAUCAACACGUACCGUAAAUGGAGAUUAUCAUUGUCCAAAUAAAUGUAUCAAACCAUGUGAAGAACCCCACGAUUCUCACCGUUGUGAAAGUGAAACUUGUCCAAUUCAAUGUUCUAUUCCAAAUUGUCAAAGAAAAUGCCAAAGUAAUGAUCAUUUUCAUUCCUAUUCUGGUUUCUUACAAGUUGAUCAUUUUUGUGGGAAUGAACAUCAAUGUCAUGAAUUAUGCGAAGAUGAUGGUGUAUGUAAAGUGGUAAUUGAACCUAAAAAGCAACCUCAAGGAACGCUUAUAAAGUAUGUUCAAUUAAGUGAAAGAUUAAGAUGCAGUAAAAAAAUUCCUCCAAAUGAAUCUAAACAUAUCGGAAAACAUACACAUAAUGAAAAUGAGUUUCAUUUUUGUGAAGCACAAUGUCAAUUCUGUGGAUAUUUCUGCACAUUGCCUUAUGGUCAUAAACAACUUCAUAAUACAAAACACGGUAUUGAUGGUAAUAUGACACAAAUUAAAUUUUCUGAAGACAAUGCAUCGGAAUAUACAAGUGUUGAUAGUCAAGGAACAUUUACUCUUUGUAAUAUGCAUUGUAAAAAUUUAGGCAGACAUCGUCACGUUGGUUAUUGUCAAAAUGAAGAAAUUUGUAAAUUAAGGAAUGAUAAUGAUAGACAUGAUUUAAAACAUAUUAAUGAACAAAUUCAGCCUAAUCCUGAUAGACCAAAAGAUUUCAUUUCACAUAAAAUUUUCUGGAAAAGAACAGGUUUCAAAGAUCCUUAUUCGUAUCAAGAGAAACAAGAUUUUACAGAAUUCGAUAAUGAUGAGCAUACAAUUACUUGUUUCAAUCUAAAAUGA